CUGAGAGCGAAGUCCACGUGGCCGCGUCUCGUCCUGCAGCAGCAGCAGCGGCAGCGACAAAACGAGGGUGGAAUUCCACGUCUUUUAGCAUCAACAGCAUCAACAGCAGCAGCGACAAAACGAGGGUGCAAUCCCACGUCUUGCAGCAUCAACAGCAGCAGCAGCGACGGAGCAAAGGUGGAAUUCUACGUCUUGUAGCAGCAGCAGCGGCGACGAAACGAGGGUGGAAUUCUACGUCUUGUAGCUGCAGCAGCGGCGACGAAACGAGGGUGGAAUUCCACGUCUUGUAACAGCAGAAGACAGACAGACAGCGCGACUCGAUGGCGGAGAACGUGGUGGUGCGCAAGAUCUGCUGCAUCGGCGCGGGCUACGUGGGCGGCCCCACGUGCAGCGUGAUCGCACACAUGUGCCCCGAGGUGCGCGUCACCGUGGUCGACGUGAACGAGCAGCGCAUCCAUGCCUGGAACUCGCCCACGCUGCCCAUCUUCGAGCCGGGGCUGCAGGAGGUGGUGGAGUCGUGCCGUGGCAAGAAUCUCUUCUUCUCCACGGACAUCGAUGUGGCCAUCAAAGAAGCUGACCUCAUCUUCAUCUCGGUGAACACUCCCACCAAGACUUUCGGCAUUGGCAAGGGCCGGGCGGCCGACCUCAAGUACAUCGAGGCGUGCGCUCGCCGCAUCGUGGGCCUCUCCACCGGCUACAAGAUUGUGGUGGAGAAGAGCACUGUGCCCGUGCGCGCUGCCGAGAGCAUCAAGCGCAUCUUCGACGCCAACACAAAGCCCGACCUGCACCUGCAGGUGCUGUCCAACCCCGAGUUCCUGGCGGAGGGCACGGCAAUCCGGGACCUCAAGAACCCGGACCGCGUCCUGAUUGGCGGUGACGAGACGAGCGAGGGCCAGCGCGCCGUGGCGGCGCUGAGUGCCGUCUACCUGCACUGGGUGCCGAGCAGCAAGAUCAUCGCCACCAACACCUGGUCCUCAGAGCUCUCCAAACUUGCAGCCAACGCGUUCCUGGCUCAGCGUAUCAGCAGCAUCAACUCGAUCAGCGCGGUGUGCGAAGCAACGGGCGCUGACGUAGAGCAAGUGGCGCACGCCAUUGGCACCGACCGGCGCAUCGGCUCUUGCUUCCUCAAGGCCAGCGUUGGUUUUGGAGGCAGCUGUUUCCAGAAGGACGUGCUCAAUCUGGUCUACCUGUGUGAAGCACUCAACCUCCCAGAGGUGGCACGUUACUGGCAGCAGGUCAUCGAGAUCAACGAAUAUCAGCGACGGCGCUUCGCCACCAGGAUCAUCGGCUGCCUCUUCAACACGGUGACAGACAAGAAGAUCGCUCUGCUCGGGUUCGCGUUCAAGAAGGACACGGGAGAUACAAGGGAGUCCUCGAGCAUCUACAUCAGCAAGUACCUGAUGGACGAGGGCGCACGUCUGCAGAUCUACGACCCCAAAGUGAGGAAGGAGCAGAUCGUGCAGGACCUCUCACAGCCGGCCAUCUCCGGCGAUGAGCCUGAGAGAGUUUCGCAGCUGGUGACGAUCGUGACCGACCCGUACGAGGCGUGCGAGGGAGCUCACGCCAUCGUCAUCUGCACCGAGUGGGACCUGUUCAAGGAGCUGGACUACGAACGAAUCUACGGGGGGAUGCUGAAGCCGGCGUUCCUGUUUGACGGCCGCCGUAUCCUGGACACGCUGCACAACAAGCUGCAGCACAUCGGCUUCCAGAUCGAGACGAUCGGGAAACGCGUGGUGAAGAACGGGAUCCCGUUCACGCCAAGCGCCGCCGACGUGAACACGGAGCUGCAAUCGCCUCCAGCGAAACGCGCCAAGGUCUGAGGGGGAGGAGGUUUGAGCCCGGGCUCCGAGUCACAUGACACACGGGCAGCACAGCUCCAACCGCACGAGCGAAGGGAAGAGACAAAAUGUGCCGUGGUGCCCGAGCCGUUGCCCGAAUCCUACCACGCGCUUGGCAAAACGACAAAAUCCUCGCAUGUUUAAUCAUUCAAGAGACAAGUCCAACAACUGAUAAUGUAUUGUAUUGAUCAUACGAAUUUUUUAUUACCAAUGUGAAAUCCGCUCAAGAGGCACCUCGCUGUGGUUUAAACAGGACAUGAUGUACCUACAUAAAGCCUUGCGGAUGCUCAACUGGAUUCUUCACAGUCCAUGCACCACUGCACAUUUCAGUUGAUUUAAAUGUUGGAUGUGUUGGGAAUUGGCAGAGGCUUGGGUACAAAUAUUUGUAGUUUUUAGAGUGGGAUAGUGUCCUGCCUUCACGACGUAUUUGCACCAAUUACAAGGCAGUUAUUACUGCUGGCUGUACCUUGUUGCAUCAGAUUUUUUGUCUUAUGAGUGGUAGAAUUUUGGUCAGAAAUGGUCCAAUGAGGCAUUUCCUCCUUUCAAAAUGCUAGGGUUUGCAAGCACUCUAUUCCAGUGUAAUCUAAAGCCCUUUGUCCUGGCUGUGAUAAGUUGAAAGGCCAUACCUAUUGUAUGGCAAAUCAAAUGUCUUGGCCAUACAUGUUAUUGUACACACAGCUGAAAUUCUAAGCUAACAGGCUGCGUCACCAUAACACUUGAAGUUGAGUAUUCCCAGGGUUGCCAUGUGUAUCGUGUGUGCUGAAGGUUUACUUGAAUUAUUUUACGUAUUUUGUACUUUUUAGUUCAGAGAGAAGUAGAGUUAGUCUCUACAUAUGGGCACAGUUCAACCUUGACAUUAAUCAGUGGUUUCAUAGUUCAUGGGUUCAGAGUUUAGCUGCAGAGGAACAAAUAACUCCAAACAUUCAUACAAUUGUGUGCUGUCUUUUCAACCUGAACAGUAAUGAGCUCCGAUUUUGAAAAUGUUACUGAAUGGUUUUAAUUUAAUUAGUGGGAGCAUUCAUAUACUGCAAUAAUUUUUCGAUUUGUUUAAAUUCAUAUUUUUGUAUGUUUAGCACAGUUGGUACUUUAACACUAUAAUGGUAUAUUACAUUGUCAAAUGUUAAUUCCUAAAUGUUUAUUAUCUUUAUAAUCAUGGACCAUUCCAAGCAUUUAAUCAGAAUAUGCUGUAGUUGUUUUUGUAACAAUAAAAAGCAAUAUUGUUUA